CGUCGCCUGAAGCACGCAUGCGCAUUGCCCUCUAAGCUUCCUUGCGCUGAUGCAAGAGUGAAUGCUGGAUGUCUGGUUAACCGAGUGAUUGAAAUUGAAUUACACGAGAAUAGCUUUUUGAUUAAGCCAUCAUGUCAGAAGACGAGAUCUUAUUCGACCCUACUUCAUCCAAGAAAAAGAAGAAGAAGAAGAAGCCCUUCAUGCUGGAUGAGGAUGGUGAUGGACUUGGUGAGGAGGUUCAGCAGGCUGAACAGCGUGAGGUUGAGCCUGAAGCAGGAGAGGAACGAGAAAUGGAGCUAGAUGAAGAUGAGUUUAAGAAAAGGGAGCCUUCGGAUGAUUUGGACGAUCUAAAUUUCUUUAAUCAGAAGAAAAAGAAAAAGAAACCAAAGAAAGUGUUUGAUAAUGACAUAGAAGAAGGCAUAACGGAGCUGAAAAUCGAAGGAGAACAACAGGAGUUAAUGGAGGAAGAGGAUUUGGACCUGAUGCUACCAGCUAAGAAAAAGAAAGCUAAAAAAGUGGAAUUUGUUGAAGAAAGUGACACUGUUGAAAAAGAUGAUGUCACUGAAGAUGAUAAAAACUCUGAUGGCAUCACAUUCAGCUCACUGUCGGGUCCAGCAUGGGCAGAUUCAGAGAGAGACUACACAUAUGAUGAGUUGUUAAGCCGAGUGUUUAACAUCAUGAGGGAGAAGAAUCCUGAUAUGGUGGCAGGUGAGAAGAGAAAGUUUGUGAUGAAGCCUCCUCAGGUGGUCCGAGUUGGGAGCAAGAAAACAUCCUUCGUCAACUUUACUGACAUCUGCAAACUGUUGCAUCGACAGCCCAAGCAUCUUUUGGCAUUCCUGUUAGCCGAGUUAGGAACGAGUGGGUCGAUAGAUGGAAAUAACCAGCUUGUGAUCAAAGGACGUUUUCAACAGAAACAAAUAGAGAAUGUUUUGAGAAGAUAUAUAAAGGAAUAUGUGACAUGUCAUACUUGCCGCUCACCAGAUACAAUUCUUCAGAAGGACACGCGUCUCUACUUCCUGCAGUGUGAAACCUGUCACUCUCGUUGCUCUGUAGCUAGCAUCAAGACCGGUUUCCAGGCCGUCACUGGAAAAAGAGCUCAGCUUCGAGCCAAAGCCAACUAAUACAAUGAUCAUGUUCUGGUCUCUUCCCCACACUGAUGCACUGCCUCUCUGGCUGACAAGGCUCAAUCCCUCCCUGCUUCUGCCCUCUGACGUGGGUGAUUUGAUCCAGUGUGUGGAUCUCUGGAAUAAACUGUUUUAAAGUUUUGGAUGUAAUUUCUAUGAAUAUAAUCGAGUGUGAAUCUAGAGGGCUGUAGUAAACAGGCUGUCUUUGCUUUGCCUCUUCUGUUUAUCGUCUCACCUCUAGACAUAUUAUGCAUAGUUUUUUUUCUGCAUUCAGCAUAUGAACACUAAAGGAGGUUAAGUUAAUUUACACUCGCAGAGUAUUUAUAUUUCAGAGAAAUAUGCAAGGAUAUUAUUGGAUGGAAAUAGUACAGAUCUUUCAAGAUGUGAAGAUUUACAUAUUCUCCUUUGUUCCUUUGGAAAGUAAGCUUGUUAUAUAUGACUUGUCUUUUAUCAAAGAAAGAGUGAAUCUGAAAAACUCAAAAUUUUAACUGGUGCAUUUAUGCACAAGGAGAAUGUUCAGAGAUUUUGAUUUGGUCUUGUUUUGAGAGUUCAACACAAGUGUGAGUCUCCUCUGAGCACUAGAAAAUAAGAGUUUUUAUUUAGUUAAACAGAAAACAACAAAUUGUAUUGUUUUCUUACUUUAACAUUGAUUGGUCCGGGCAUGUUUUACAGUUCCUAGAUUCAAGUAGAAGUAAUGGCUUUUGGUUGACAUUUGAAAGAUUUUUCAAAUUAAAAUAAUAAGGAAAAUUCUUCGUGAUUUUUUUCCUUUAUUUUUUGUUUCGCUGUUUUCUUUAAAUCUUUUGUGACUUUGUGAGUAUGUCAAUCAAUGCAUGGCAAUAUUCAGAAUAUCAGGCUAAUUAAGUGUAAGUUUGUUUGCAUCUUUCACCAAACAUUUUCAUAUACACUUGCAUAUUUCUAUAGCCAAGUUUGUUUAGAAAAAGUACAGUUAUAUCAGUAUUCGAAUGUCAAACACUAUGCAUCAAUAUUUGUAAGUGAGCCCCUUUGGUAACACUUAUAAAGCUGAGAUACCUUUGUGCAUUAUUGUGCAAUUUUUUUCAAGGUUGGGUGUAUUUAGUCAUAUAAUUAAAUAUAAUGCCUUAUCAUCAGAUACUUAAUAUUUGUGAAACCUAUUUCAAAUUUAAUCACAAUAAAUAAAAGUGUAUUAUUUCA